AUGAACGCAAACGCAGCAUUUUCUCCUGCAAAGAGGUUGAUGGGAAGACCAAGAUCUCAUAAGUCUCGCUUUACCCCAGAAGAAGAUGAACUGUUAAAGAACUUGAUCCAACAAUUCGGUACAGAAAACUGGUCCACCAUUGCAGCCAAGAUGCCGCAUAGAAAUGAAAGACAAGUUCGUGAUAGAUGGAUCUCUUCUCUUGAUCCUGAUAUAAAUAGAGAGCCGUUCACUCCUGAUGAAGAUAAGUUAUUACUGGAGUUGUAUGAUACAAUAGGACCUAAGUGGGUACAUCUCCGCAAGUACUUUAACAAGAGAACAGAUGUUGCUCUUAAAACACGCUGGCUCUCUCUUAAAAGAUUAGCUGAUCGCGGAGGUAAACCAAGAAAGGCCUCCACAAAAAAAGAAGCUAAGCUCCCCACUGUGGUUAUUGCCCAACCAUCUAGUCCAGAGCUUCCCAUGUUCGAGAAUGUCGAAUCUCAGGAUUCCAGCGAUCCAUUGAGAUAUAUUGAUGAAUUUUUCGUCACUUUCAACACCCCUCAAGCCACAAUUGAGACAAGUAUCAUAGAAGACCUUCUGUGA